CUAAAUCUUAUCGCAGGCAGCCACAAGCUGUUCUAAACGCUGACGGGGCCUCAUUCAAUUCGCAUCUGACAGUCCAGUGUUGCAACUGACACUGCCACGGCUGAGAAGACAGCAUGCGCAUCUCACCUCGGGAAGAGGCCAAACUAUUGCUCCACCAAGCCGGAUUCCUCGCCCAAAAGCGGCUCGCACGAGGAUUGCAGCUCAAUCAGACGGAGGCGACAGCUCUCAUCGCCUCACAGCUUCAGGAGCGGAUCCGAGAUGGCAAACAUUCCGUCGCCGAGUUAAUGCAGCACGGCAAGACGCUGCUCGGGAGAAGACAUGUGCUUCCUGGGGUUCCGAGCCUGUUACAUGAGAUACAAGUAGAGGGCACGUUCCCAGAUGGCGUGUUCCUCGUUACAGUACACGACCCGAUAUGCAACGAUACAGUCGAGCUGUCAGCUGCUUUAUAUGGGUCGUACUUGCCUGUGCCUCCGGAACAUGCUUUCCCCGUUGUAGACCCAGCAGAGUAUGCUCGGGAGAAGGCCCCGGGCGCAGUCAUAGUCAAGAAAGAGACGAUCGUCCUGAACCGAGGACGUGAGCGAGUGAAGCUACGAGUCACGAAUAACGGCGAUCGCCCAAUUCAGAUCGGCUCUCACUACCAUUUCAUUGAAACGAACAAGGCGCUAUCGUUCGAUAGAGCGAAGGCCUAUGGGAAGCGACUCGACAUUGCCGCAGGCACUGCAGUACGCUUCGAGCCCGGAGACACAAAACAUGUAACUCUGUGCUCCAUCGCCGGCCUCAAGAACAUCACAGGCGGAAACCGACUUGCUAGCGGAGUGGUCGACCCGUCACGCACGGAGGACAUUGUGCGGAAUCUGGUUCAGCGGGGCUUCAGGCAUACACCGCAACCAGGUGCCCUCGAGAUUUCUGUGGAUACUGAGAUCAGCAGGGAAGCGUAUGUUGCUAUGUUUGGCCCUACGGUCGGCGACCGAAUCAGGCUUGGAGAUACCUCUUUGUGGAUUGAAGUCGAAUGGGAUGAGACAUGCUAUGGAGACGAGGUCAAGUUUGGGGGAGGUAAGAGCAUCCGUGAAGGGAUGGGCCAAGCAACAAAUCGGUCUGAAAAGGAGACACUCGACCUCGUCAUUACCAACGCACUCAUUGUUGACUGGUCAGGUAUCUAUAAAGCUGACAUUGGCGUGAAGCAUGGAAACAUCGUUGGCAUCGGGAAAGCCGGCAACCCCGACGUGAUGGCCAACGUGCACCCUGACCUCAUCGUCGGAUCCACCACGGAAGUCAUCGCAGGCGAGAAGCUGAUCGUUACCGCUGGCGCCGUUGACGCACACAUCCACUACAUCUGCCCACAGCAGGUGCCAGAGGCCUUGGCAUCGGGCGUGACUACGAUGAUCGGCGGAGGCACUGGUCCGAGUGCAGGUACCAACGCGACGACGUGCACGCCGAGUCCGUUCUAUAUGAGACAUAUGUUGGCUACGACCGACGGGUUGCCGAUGAACUUUGCGUUCACUGGGAAAGGGAAUGACUCGGGUCCAACUGCUUUGGAAGAGAUAGUCAAAGCCGGGGCUGCCGGAUUGAAAUUGCACGAGGACUGGGGAUCAACGCCAUCUGCUAUCAUGAGCUGCCUCGAUACUGGUGACAAAUAUGAUGUACAGGUCAACAUUCAUACAGAUACCCUCAACGAAAGUGGAUUCGUCGAAAGUACAAUCGAGGCGUUCGGCGGCCGUACAAUCCAUACAUAUCAUACAGAAGGAGCGGGUGGCGGCCAUGCACCGGAUAUCAUCGUCGUAUGCGGACUUGAAAACGUUCUUCCAUCAUCCACCAAUCCCACCCGCCCAUACACCAACAACACGCUUGAUGAACAUCUUGAUAUGCUGAUGGUCUGCCAUCACCUGGACAAAUCGAUACCUGAAGACCUCGCGUUCGCCGAGUCCCGCAUCCGUGCAGAGACCGUGGCGGCAGAAGAUGUGCUCCAUGACAUUGGCGCGAUCUCGAUGAUCAGCUCCGACUCACAGGCUAUGGGCCGCGUCGGCGAGGUCAUCACGCGGACCUGGCGGACCGCCAGCAAGUUGCGCGAACUCCGCGGGCCCUUGACCCUCCUGGGCGACGCGCCCGGGCGCGAUAACUCGCGCGUUAAGCGCUACAUUUCCAAGUACACUAUCAAUCCAGCAAUCUCUCAUGGUAUCAGUCAUCUCGUCGGGCAAGUCGCCGUUGGCGCUCUUGCGGAUCUUGUGCUGUGGAAGCCCGAGAACUUCGGGUCAAAACCUGAGAUGGUAUUGAAGUCAGGCGUCAUUGCGUGGGCGCAGGUGGGCGACGCGAACGCGUCCAUUCCCACCGUGCAGCCAUUCUACGGACGACCUAUGUGGGGCUCGCACGCCAUGUCCGCGGCGAUGAACUCCGUCUCGUUCGUGUCGAAGGUGUCCAUCGAGGAGGGAGUCAUACAGAGCUAUGGACUCAGGAAGCGCUGCGAGGCGGUGAUGAACUGUCGUAAUGUCGUGAAGAAGGAUAUGAAGUGGAAUUUUGCAACGCCUGAGAUGAUGGUCGACCCGGAAAGCUAUGAGGUUCAUGCGGAUGGCGUAUUGAUGGAUAUCGAGCCUGCAGAUCGCCUCCCCUUGGCCAGGGCUUAUAACAUAUUCUGAAGCGAGAUGAAUAUUUGUGAAUCUUAGUUGUAUAAAAGUGUGUUAUUACAGUAUGCGUAUAGUAUGUGAAGAUAACAUUUUGGGCAUUGCACAUCCUUG